AUGGAUUCAGGGAACCACACAUGUGUGUCAGAAUUUGUCUUCCUGGGGCUCUCACAGACUCAGGAACUCCAGCUCGUCUUGUUUCUGGUGUUCCUAUUUGUCUACACCACCACUGUCAUGGGAAACCUCCUCAUCGUGGUGACAGUGACCUCUGAUUCCAGGCUCCACACACCCAUGUAUUUUCUGCUCAGAAACCUGGCUAUCUUAGACCUCUGUUUCUCCUCAGUCACUGCCCCAAAGAUGCUGGUGGACUUGCAUGCUGAGAAGAAAACCAUCUCCUACCAGGGCUGCAUGACUCAGGUCUUCUUCUUCCACUUUCUGGGAGGUGCCAUGGUCUUCUUCCUCUCAGUAAUGGCCUAUGACCGCCUUGUUGCUAUAUCCCGGCCCCUCCACUAUGUCACUAUCAUGAACACUGAGCUCUGUGUGGGGCUGGUCAUGACAGCCUGGAUGGUAGGUUUUGUUCAUUCCAUUUCCCAACUGGUCCUGAUGCUCCCACUGCCUUUUUGUGGCCCCAAUGUCCUAGAUAAUUUCUACUGUGAUGUUCCACAAGUUCUGAGACUCGCCUGCACUGACACUUCUGUCUUGGAGUUCCUCAUGAUCUGCAACAGUGGGAUGCUAGAUGUCAUCUGGUUCCUCCUCCUCCUGGUCUCCUACUCAGUCAUCCUGGUGAUGCUGAGGUCCCACUCAGGGCAGGUGAGGAGGAAGGCAGCUUCCACCUGCACCACCCACAUCAUCGUGGUGUCUAUGGUCUUCAUUCCAAGCAUUUACCUCUAUGCCCGGCCCUUCACCUCUUUCUCCAUGGACAAGGCUGUAUCCAUCAGCCACACGGUCAUGACUCCCAUGCUCAACCCCAUGAUCUACACCCUGAGGAACCAGGAAAUGCAGGCAGCAGUGAAGAGAUUAGGGAGACACCGGCUGCUUUGUAAAAGGGAGUGA